AUGUCUAUUCCUAUGCAUCGACUGGGCGGUCGCGCCUUUGCUCACGACGAUGACGAUAUCGAACAAGAGUACGACCGAUUGAGAGACUUGGCGCGAGCUGAGGCCGAGAAGCGCAACGAUUGCUUCGCGCGUUCGCGUCAGGCAUAUGAAGAUGGCGAUGGUGCUGGAGCAAAGGAGCUCUCCAAUCAGGGCAAGGCACAUGCUGCCCGUAUGGAUGAUUACAACCAGCAAGCGGCCGAUUUCAUCUUCCGUGAGAACAACGCCUCUGGUCGUGUAGAGGCGGACUCGAUCGAUCUUCACGGUCUCUACGUCGAGGAGGCUGAGCGAAUUCUUGAGGAGCGCAUUCGUGCAGACCAGCGCAAUGGACAGACACAUCUCUAUGCCAUCGUCGGCAAGGGACACCACUCAGCUGGUGGUGUCCAAAAGCUCAAACCCAAGGUCGAGGAGCUGUGCCAAGAACUUGGCCUCCGAUACGAAACCGAUGAGGACAAUACUGGACGGAUUAUCAUCAACCUCCAGGGCGGAGAUCCUGUCCCUCCCUCGCACUCUGGUGGCUACGGUGGUCACCAUGGUGGGCCACAGCAUCACCAGCCUCAACAUCAUCAGCCUCAGCACCACCAGCAGGAACAGCAGAACGACGACGACGGGCAGGUACUGCCUUGGAUUCUGAAGAAGCUGGAGAAGGCCUGCUGUGUGGUCAUGUAA